GCUUCACUGUUUCUUAAUUUUUCAAUAUUUAGAUGGACGCUGAAAGAUCCGUCAGUAGUAAUAUCGGGAGAAAAAAUUGCCGGGAAGGGAGACAGUGCUAAUUAUAAUAUAGAGAAAAAGAGCAUCAACGGCAUGUCUCAGUUACAACUUGGACCACGAGAACGUGAAAUCAGCACCUCGCCUUACCUCGAUCUUUCAAUCACAUCUCAACUUCAUGGACAGUGGUUGCGAUGCUGGGCAAGUCCAGUGUUACCUAAAACAGUGGAAAGUGGCGUUUCUAUUGGUUCGGCAACUUGGAAACACACGUCAAUUCUCCUGACUGUUAAUUAUGGUCCAAAACUGCAAGGACCUGAAGAAGAGGUAGAAACAGUUGCUAUGGGAGGAACAGCGCAACUGACGUGUCAAGUUGAGGCCAAUCCUCCAGCUAUGGUGACAUGGCAUCACUAUCGUGGUUUCAGGAUUGUCAAUAGGGCCACGGUGGACGCCUACCCGAAUGCCACCGGCUUAUACACGCCUACUGUGAUUACUCAUCGCUUGUUGAGAUCGUUUCUACAUGCCGAUUUGGUUCCCCGGGAUUUUAAAAAACAGCGAUCAGAAGAACGCUACUCCACAUUGAAUGUGAAGACGCGUUCAGUUGACGGUUUUGGCAUUUACAUCUGUGUGGGGUUGGCCGCGCAAAGAGAGGUCAGAAAAGUCACCGUCCUGGCGGAAUCCGGACCUCCAAUAAUUGAAACACCCCAACGAGUGAGUGGUCGUAUUGGAGAUUCGGGCCGCAUUGACUGCAAAGUCAUCGCACUACCAAGAGCUUCACCUCAAGAUUUUCUUUGGUCCAGUUCAACACAUCCAUCAGGUGUCAUCCCGUCUUCAAGUCGAAUUUUAAAACUCUUCCGUAGUUUGCACUUGGAACAUGAGGAGGGCUUGAUCGGCUCGAAAAGCACCUUGAUUUUCACCAAAAUCGCCAAAGAGAACUUCGGAGACUACAACUGCACAGUGACUACACCCUUUGGUAGCGCCUCAUCCGGUCUGGCACAUUUUGUUCCUCCCAUUUUAUUUGCAGAGGAGAUGCCAUACAUUCUGGCAAUUACAGUUGGCGUGGCAACAGUCCUUGCAGCAAUAUUCUUCACUUUGCUUUGUUGGAUCAUUAGGCGACACAUUAUACAUAAAAGAGGUUGCAAAACGGCACGAAUUAUAACAGCGAAUCCCAAAUCGGGGUCAUCUGUUGAUUUGCAUUGCGAUCGCAUGUCGACGUUGGGUCGACACAACGCGAGGGAGGAAUUCAUCGAGGACACUUCAAAUGUGCAACCUGCUACUACGUGCACUUCUCAAUUUUAUCCUAUGCAAUCUCACACAAGUCUUCUUCGCAGUCCAGUACAUGUCGUAUCCUGUGAAGAAGGCGCCCUGUACAAAUAUGCCACCAGUACUAACCCAAACACUCCUCUGCUCAGUCGUCUCCAUGAUACCUCCACCAGCCAAUCAUCAGCUCUCUACGUUGCCACGACGACUGAGGUUCUUGCCGCCAGUCCUGUGCACAACAUCGGAUUAUCCAGAAUUGCGCUCUUGGCCAAUCGCUCCGAUGCUACUGAUGGCUUUCAAGAUCAUGCAUUUCCAACCUAA